UCCUUCUUAUCAUUCAUAUAUUAUAUAUCCAAAAAUGGCUGACUACAAGUAUUUAAUAGAAACCAUGUAGAAAAAUGGUAAAUUAAAUGCCAUAAGAAGUGACCCUUUUCAGUUCCAACGUUGUGGGGUGGAUUUCACAGACAGUGGAAAGUUCAUCUUUUUCCUGUCCAGUUUCUAGGAUUUCAGAUUUGCGUGGUCUUCUGCACUGAAUUACUUUGAUGGGAUUUCAAAUUUUGCAGAACAUUGUGUGGAAUAUAAUUUGAGGUUGUCAGGAUGAAAUCUUCUUAAGGUUUUGUUUGGAUUAUGAAGUGAAAAUCUACUGUACCGGGGGAGAUAUGCAAAUUUGGUUGAAGUGUUAAGUGAAUAGGCUUGGGAUUUAUUGAUUAAGCUGUAAAACAUGGUGAUGGCUCCUACUGUCAAAGUGGUUCUUGGCUCAAUUGCCUUUGCUAUAUUCUGGGUAUUGGCUGUUUUCCCUGCCGUUCCAUUCUUGCCCAUUGGGAGGACGGCAGGGUCUCUGCUAGGAGCUAUGCUAAUGGUGCUCUUUCGAGUCAUUACUCCUGAUCAAGCCUAUGCUGCUAUUGAUCUUCCAAUCCUCGGUCUACUGUUCGGGACUAUGGUAGUUAGUGUCUACCUUGAAAGGGCAGAUAUGUUCAAGUACUUGGGCAAAUUGCUAUCAUGGCGAAGCAGGGGAGCCAAGGACUUACUUUGUCGUAUCUGCCUGAUUUCUGCCAUAUCCAGUGCCUUUUUCACCAAUGAUACGUCUUGUGUUAUAUUGACUGAGUUUGUAUUGAAAAUUGCAAGGCAACAGAAUCUCCCACCUCAUCCAUUUCUAUUAGCCCUUGCCUCUAGUGCAAAUAUAGGAUCGUCAGCAACCCCGAUAGGGAAUCCUCAAAACUUAGUUAUCGCUGUCCAAAGUAAGAUUAGCUUUGGUAGAUUUUUAUUUGGCAUUCUUCCUGCUAUGCUCGUGGGAGUUUGCAUCAAUAUUUUGAUCCUGUUAUGCAUGUAUUGGAAGUUGUUAUCUGUUCAGAAGGACGAAGAAGAUGCUGCGGUCGAAGUUGUUGGUGAAGAUGAUGUAAUUUCUCAUCGGUUUUCUCCUGCAACAAUGUCACAUCUUACAUCCACGAACUCCCAAGAUUUACAAUCUGUGUUGGAAUCAAUGAAUAUCCAUAGCUCUCCUAAUACAAAUGAGUCAACACUCAGGAACCGUGGCAAUAUAGCUGAGAGCAACAGUAUUCGAAGCACUCCUAGUGUCAAUGGUCACACGAAUCAAACUGAGGGACUAGGGGACUUGGGCUACAUUGGUGAAAGUGAAAUUCAAAAAGUUCCUAGUGCGGGGUUAGGAUCGACUGGAAAUUCAGAUGCAUCAAAAGAAGUUGGAUAUUCUGGACCUAUACAUUCAAAGAGGAGCUCCUCUGUGAAUGGAGUCGAGCAUGGGAAUUUUAUAGAGUUCGCAGAAGAAAGAUUAGGAUUUUCCAAGAAGUGGAAAAGGGUCUUAUGGAAGGCAUGUGUUUAUCUUGUUACUUUGGGAAUGCUAGCAUCUCUGUUGGCGGGUCUGAAUAUGUCAUGGACUGCAAUUACAGCUGCACUUGCACUCGUCGUUCUUGAUUUUAAGGACGCCAGGCCUUGUUUGGAAAAGGUAUCAUAUUCGCUUUUGAUAUUCUUUUGCGGAAUGUUUAUUACAGUCGAUGGGUUCAACAAAACGGGAAUUCCAAGCACGUUAUGGGACUUCAUGGAGCCUUACGCCAAAAUAGAUCACAUUGGUGGAACAGCAGUUUUAGCAGCUGUUAUAAUAGUCCUCUCCAAUUUGGCUUCUAAUGUACCUACUGUCCUGCUUCUAGGAGCUCGAGUGGCGGCUUCAGCAGCCACGAUAUCUCCUGCAAGUGAGCAGAAAGCAUGGCUAAUCUUGGCUUGGGUGAGCACAGUAGCCGGAAACCUUUCCCUCUUGGGAUCAGCAGCCAACUUGAUCGUGUGCGAGCAGGCUCGUCGGGCUCAACACUAUGGCUACAACUUAUCGUUCUGGAGUCAUCUCAAGUUCGGAGUUCCCUCGACGAUCAUCGUAACAGCUAUGGGCUUGACCCUCAUAAGAGGGUGAUGCCUAAUACUCAGUCUGAGAAUCUUCGGAGUCGUUAUGUUGAAGUAAAACUCUUCAUUGUCGAUACAGCGUAUGAUAAAUAGAACAUAGGUUUACAAGCUGUUUUCGAAUAUUUUUUUAUAUUCUUCUUUUCAAGAACUUAUUUAUGCUGUAUAAAUUCAUCAUUGUAUGAAAAUGAUUUAGAUGAAACCUUAAA